AUGGAGAUCUCGAAGAGCGAGGGCGAGACGCCCGCAGUUUCCCAUCACCCAGAUCCGCGCGUCUCAUCAGAUAAGCACCACCAUGGCAAGCAGCCCGCUAUCGUGCCUAUCGAGGAAGAGGCUCUCGAGGAUGCCGAGCAUAUCCAUCUAUCCUGGAGGUCCUGGCUUGUUGUCUUCAUCACUUGCUUUGCUAUUAUGGCACAAGUCUUUGUGGUGGUUGCAGCCGGCUCGGUCAUCGCCUUCAUAAUUCGUGAACUUGGUGAAGCACCUCUGGCCGGUUGGGUCAUUCAGGGCCCGCUCCUGAUGCAAAGCGUCCUCUCCCCAAUCGUCGGCAGGUUGUCCGAUGUCCUCGACCGAAAAUACCUCGCAGCUAUUCCUCCCCUCAUUGCGUUCGUCGGCGCAAUAAUCUCCGCGAAAGCGACGUCGAUGAGCAUGUUGAUAGGCGGAGGUAUACUCAUUGGCACGACACUAGCAACCAUAGCUAUCGUCCAGGCCAUCCCCUCCGAGAUCCUGCCUCUAAAGUAUCGUGCUCUGGCAAACGGCUUCUCAUUCAUGGGAGGUGCUAUCGGCGGACUUGUUGGUGGCCUAGGCGCCGGAGCAGUCACAAACGUCGACGUGGCGGGCUGGCGCUACAUCUUCUGGAUUCAGGCUGCUUUCCACGGUGCCACGUCUCUAGGGCUCCUGCUAUUUUACUGGCCGCCAAAGAACCGCGAGUAUCCCAAGAUGAGGCUGAAGGAUUAUAUCUGGGCGUGUGAUCCUAUUGGCUCCACCCUCUUCGUCUGCAGUGCCACCCUGAUGCUCCUCGCCCUCGACUGGGUCGGAGAGUGGAAAGGACGCACAGAUGGUCUUAUCGCCCACGUUUUCUUCCGCCGAAACGCGAACUUCGCGCUCUCUACAUUUGCGUUUGCUGUUGAGGGUUGGAUCUUCUACAGCGCCGUCAACUCCGUCGUGCCACAAAUCGUGCUCCAUCUUGGAUUCGAGACAGACGCCUGGACAAUUUCCAUCAGGCAGCUCAGCUACAGUCUGCUCACCAUGUUUGCUUCUAUCCCCAUAACGUGGUACGCCACUGCAUACAAGGACAUGAGAUCUCCGCUCCUGGUGACGUUUGGGAUCUUCCUCGUCGUAACCAUCUGCUACGCAUGCAUCAAGCCAACCUGGAGCAAACCCCAGAUCGUCUUCAACGUGCUGGCCGGAAUCGGCCAAUCCGGACCCUUAACACUCCUUGUCGCCUGCGUGCAAUUUACUGCUCCCCACGCCUACCUAUCAACAGCCACGGGCAUGGCAUUCUCCGCCCGUGCCAUUGGCGGUGCAUUUGGCUCGGCCGUCCUCAACGUGAUCAUCAACGGCCACCUGGCUGGCAACUACGCGCCGGCAGUCGGCAGGGCCGCCACCGACGCUGGUCUCCCCGCAUCCAGCAUCCCUGAUCUUUUGGCGGCGUUGGAGUCCGGACUCAUGACGGGAGUCGAAGGGGCGACACCGGCUGUCUGGUCCGCCGCGGCCGAAGAGAGCAAGUGGCAGUAUGCCAAGGCCUAUCAGCUGGCGUGGGCAAGUGUGAUCCCCUUUGUCGUGCUCGCAAUCGUGGCCGUGGCUUUCCUCAGGGGUGUAAAGGACUUGAUGACUGAGAAGGUUGAAGCCACUGUUGAACAUGUAGAUGAGAAUGAAGGAAAGAAGUGGGAGAACUCAUCUGUGGCCGCUUAA